AUGAGGCGUGGAUUUGGAACCAGGUUUCAAACUUCAUUCGCUGGCUCUUCGGCCUUUGAGGGAACGAAUACGAGCCUUGGUAAUGGGAACAAAAUGAACAUGCGUCUACGGAUUCUGACAAAUUGUUUGGACGAGGCUGAAAAAACCGCUGAUGUUUCCAAGGUCAACAUGUAUAAAGAUUCUAUUACAAGAAGUAGGUGUGGAUUACCGAUUGAUGCCGCCAGGUCCCUGGAUCUUAUGAGACAGAUAUUUCAAAGUGAACUGACUAGAGACUUGCAGCAGGUCCUUGAUCGCCAUAUUCGUGUUAGCUUUGCCCCCGCUUUCGAACAUCUUAAAAAUAACGGCCAUGCAGUAACCGAUGACUUAGUUAAAGAAUUAUAUAGGAAUAUUUUGGAAGCAGCUAAGGCACCUUAUAUGCCGUCGGACAACUCAAUCCCAGACUUUGUCCUUGAUCUUAUCAGUACUCGCGAUGGAGCAGUCUCGGACAUUGAUAGUGAAGCUAGCGUUGUUAGUACUUCACAGCCUCCUUCUUCCGCCCAGACUCAGAUAAGACCAAGGAAGAGAGGUCGCCCUAGAAAAGUAGAAACCGACUGUGGUCGAAGCGGUACACCGUUGAUGCGGUCUACCGAAAAUAUUUCGGCAUUAGAAGCUUAUAAGUGGAAUCCUGAUCGUGUUAGUACUUCUACCCGUUUUAUUCUCGGUUCGAAAGUUUACCGUUUGUUAGCAACACCGCCGCGAGGGAAUUUGUACGCAAAGUAUCCGAGACUAUUUAGGUAUGUGUGUGAUGAAGACGAUCGUGCAUGGCUAAUGGAAAAGCAUUUAACAACUCGGCAGUCAGGAAAAAUAUUUUUAAUGAUGCUCGAAGAUGUUAUUGAAAUAGCUUUCAAAGAAAAUUGCUAUGGCUCCCCCUUGGAAUUCGAGAAGUCAUCUUUCACCGUUCCCGAGUCGCUAAUCGCUAAAGUGAAACAGCGGAUGGCUGAGAUAUUUGAGCAGUUGAAGCCAAGAAUAAGUAAUUCACCUCAGAACUUGACUUAG